CUCCGUACGAUAGUAGCAUGGGCGGUGCCGUUAGCACGGUUGUGACCCAGGAGCUCGGAAAGCCCUGCGACGUCUCGGACAUUCCCGACGGAGACUGGAAGGCGGCCAAGGACGAGGUGGCGCGGCUACGGCAGCUCCUCGCCAAUUUGCAGAGCGACGCUGCACACGUCCACGCAGCGCCCGAGCCCGCGAUGGACCCCAAGAGCAGCGACGAGAGCAAGGAGGGUCGCGCGCUCUGGACCUCGUCCGCCGCAUCCCGUGACCCAGCGUCCGGGGCGCUCGUCGGUCAAAUCCGCACCAAGCUCUUUGAGCGCUACGACUCGCUGCGCGCGUGCUUCCUCAAGAUCGACAUUGACCGAUCAGGGUACCUCAGCCGGGACGAGUUUAUGUUUUCCAUGGCCAACCUCGGCUUGCCGAUGACAGACGAAGACUUUGACGUCGUCCAAGCGUCGUAUCCGCACAAGGAAGCGGCCGGCGACCACGACCGAGGCAUCGGGUACCUCGAGUUCAUCAAGCUCAUGACCGACGAGCUCCGCUACACGCCGGGGUCGGGCGAGGACGAGGCGGACGGCAACUACUUUCGCCAAACGACCCAUGGCACUUCGUUCCCGCCCAUGCGCGAGCUCGAGUCGACGUCGAUGCACCACCGACCCGACGUCCGCCCGCACACGGUCGCCGCCGCACCACCGGCGCUCGCCCGCCUCCGGCACACGUUCAACCGGCAGAUCUUUGGGACUUUCAACAACAUGAAGGACGCGUUCAAGGCGGCGGACAAAGACCGCUCGGGCUUUGUUGAGCCCAGCGAACUCGUGGCGCUGCUCCACGACGUGCUCGGUAUCCAAGCCAGCGAGCGCGAUAUCCUCGAUCUGCUCGACGCCUUUGACGCCAACCGGGAUGGAAAACUGGCCUACUCGGAGUUUGUCAAGUGUCUCAGUCAAAUGCGGUAAUAAUAUAUUAACCAUUUUCGUUGUGCG